CAACCAGUGCUGAGUUUAGAGGGUCUCUGUCUACCGGGGUGACAAGUCCGAGCACAGGAGCCGCCGAGGGGACGUUAACCGAGAAAUAAGAAACAAAACACUCUGUUUUCGUCGUUUCACCGCUGGAUACGUCACUCGCCCUGGGGUUGGAUUAACUUGACACCACUCUUUUUUAGUUUUUCUUUUUAAUUUGCUUUAGAAGACGAAACAAACUCACCGAAGACAAUGGGAUCCCAGUCAUCCAAAGGAGAUGUGGCCGCGGAGGCGAACGCUGCCGCCGCCGACGGUGCUGCUGUCAAAACCAACGUACAGGAGAAUGGACAUGUGAAAACCAACGGUGAUGUCUCCACAAAGCCUGAUGGUGAUGCUGCCGCCACCAACGGCUCAGCCGAGGCAGCCAAGGAGCCUGAAGCCGGCGCAGGAGACGCCAUCGAGCCGGCGCCUGCUGCAGAUGGAGAGGCUGCCAAACCUGAAGGCGAGGCUGCAACUAAGGAGACCCCCAAGAAGAAGAAGAAGAAGUUCUCCCUGAAGAAGUCCUUCAACUUCAAACUGAACCUGAAGAAGAGCAAGAAGAGCGAGGCUGUCAAGGAGGAAGGGGCCGCCGCUGCCGCUGCCCCCGCUGAGGAGAAGCCUGCCGAGAACGGAGCCGCUGCUCCUGCAGAGGAGAAGAAAGAGGAGGUGAAGGAGGAGGCUGCUGCUGCGGCCGAGUCCCCAAAGGCAGAGGAGGGGCCGGCUAAAGAGGAGGCCCCCAAGGAGGAGGCCAAGGAGGCAGCUGCCCCGGCCCCCGAGGCCACGAAACCAACAGAGGAGAGCAGCUCGACCCCCGCUCCCUCUGAAAAGAAAGAGUGAUUGUACCUUUAGCUCACAAUGAACUGGGUGAACUGUUUUUCAAGAGAGAGAGAGAAAAUUUAAGAGUAUAUAUAUAUAUUUAUAUAUAUAUGUGUAUAUGUAUACAUAUGUAUAUGGAUAUAUGUAUAUGUAAAUAUAUACACAUGUAUGUGAGAGACUCCUUCGACGUGCCACUUUUCGUCAUGAUAACAAGACGACAGACUAGAUUCACUAGAUCACCUCCCUGGUUACUGCUCGACAUCUGGACCUGGACUGAGAUUGAGGCUGUGGGUUGGUCGCUAUGUGGAAACUGGAUUUUAAUGGCUAGAACACGAGCUAAUGACACCAUGAAGUAUAGAUGAAGGAUGGGUGGAGAAGGACGGAGUCAACGCAUCUUUUCCCUUAAAAAUCUGCAGAUCGAGAUGCCUCCUCGCUGAAGGAACGAAACUAGAUGAGAUACUAGGACACCACCACCACUUGAAAUGACUGUUGAAUAGAGCAACAACAAAAAAAAGAAAAGAAAAAAAAAAAGAAAUCAGAAAAUUCAGAGACUCGCCAACUUUUUACAUUCCUAUAUUUUAACCCAAAUUUGAAGUAUUUUGUGGUGUAUUAUAGAAAACCAUCUUAAAGAUUCAGAGAAGCUAUUACUUGUUUGUUUAAAGAAAAAAAAAAUAGACGACUUUGAUUUUUACCUUACUAUGAAAAAAGAACACUUAAGCUUGCUAUGUUCACUGUUGCGGUUUGAUAUGAAGCAGAGUUGUUUAUCUGUCGUAUGUGAGCCUGAAUCUGCUUUGUCUCUGUAAAUACAUUGGAUUGAUUUCUGUUCUUUAUUUUGCUAAUGUUGACAGAUGUUAUUGGUUUUAUUGUAAAGUUGAUAAUGGUAAAUAAAUGUUGGUUACCUGCC